CGCCUCUGCUCCUGUCUGAACCAGUAAGCGUCUGUCUUCAGAGGAUUCCAGCCGACAGCUGCGCUGUGAUGCGAUGUGUGUGUGUUGCGGUCGACGAGGGCACGAAGGAAGGAGCGACAGCACCAGCGGUGAAGGUUUAAAGUGGACAUGUAUUGUUUUUUGCAGUAACUUUUAAAGGAAGAUUUAUCAUCUUAAGGACUAACACGACUUAAGUGAACACUGAAAAGAAAUUCACUUGUCCCUCUUGUGGUGGAAAACUUUGAGUGCGGCGCCCUGCUCUACCUUUUGAGGUGUUACCAACUGAGAAGAGGAGACUGUUUGAUUUCACCCCUGCAUUCAGUCGAUUAAAUAAACAAGCGAUCUUUUGCAUUGUUGCUAAUAACAAACAACCGGAUAUCCAAACAAUACACCUCUUGUGUUUUAAGUGUGGUACGAGAAAAGCAUAGCUUUGUUUCUCGUUAGUAACUUGGUAUCUUUUCCACACCCCGGGUGGUCAGUUGCUUUGGAACAUCUGGGUUGCUUUGCAAUGCUUAUUUUUAUUUCGUUGAUAUUUUGAGAGGCUUUAUCCAUUGGAUAGUUGGCAUACAUGUUUUCAACAGCGUUCAUUUUUAACUUUUUGGCGAGUAGGUGACACACCUCACUACACCAGGACAUGUUGUUAUAGACGGGUGUGGAGAUUUUUCUUUUCUUUUUUUUUAUACUUUUUCAAUCAGAGAACAUUCUUCAUAAAAGGAUUAUUCCUUUUAAAAUUCAUUCCGGUGUAAAAUGGGCUCACUUAAGGCUCUUCAAGACUGGUGUCGGAUCCAAUGUGAAAAUUAUCCGGACGUCGAAAUUAAAAAUAUGACCUCUUCAUUCAGAGACGGAAUGGCUUUCUGUGCUAUCAUACACAAGCACAGACCGGAUUUAAUAGACAUUAAUUCACUGUCUAAAGAAAAUGUGUAUGAAAACAACAAACUGGCUUUUGAAGUUGCAGAAUCAGAGUUGGGUAUCCCGGCUUUACUGGACCCUGAAGAUAUGGUAGCCAUGCGAGUACCUGACAGGCUGAGCAUCAUUACGUAUGUGUCACAGUAUUACAACUACUUCUCCAAUAAAGCUUAUGCAGGGCCGACCUCAAUGAAGAGGCCAGGAAGUACAACACACAAUGAACCUGCACUGAAGAAGCCAACCUCUGCCUCUAGUGAAAGAAGAGAUGAGACAAGGACAUCUGUAAUAUCCGAUAAUGAGACACCCAAACGUGAAACACUAAGCAGCACUUGUACAACCUGCAAAAAACAUGUUCAUCUAGUACAGAGAUACCUGGUUGAUGGUAAAUUGUACCAUCGUAACUGUUUCAGAUGUAAAGAAUGCAGCAGUACAUUACUUCCAGGUUCGUACAAAGCAGGAUCAGAGCUGGGUACAUUUCUUUGCACACAUCACUUUUUAAAGACAGGAAUAAAUCAGAAUGGGCGGCCUGACCUCAGCAACAGUUUAGGAUUAACCAGAGAUGCCUCACCCUCCGCUGCGGGAGAAAUGGUACCAGAAACUCCCCCAUCUGGCAGGGAGACAUCUCAGCCAUUUUCAGCACGUAGACUUGCUGAACGAUUUUCAGUCCCAAGAGAUGGUGCACAGUUGGAUAGAGUAAAAACAGAAAUACAUGUUCCUGGAACAGCUGAGGAGGAAAAGCAAGAGAGUGCUAAAACUGAGGUUUCUUCCAACCCCUUUGAAGAUGAAGAAGGUGAAGAGAAAGAAAAGCCACAGUUGGGUAUAGCCAACGGGGAGACUUUUUUGCCAGAAAAGACUGAUGUAUCGGAAACCAGACCGGUACCUGCACCUCGAAAGGUCCUUGAACCUAAUAUGCCGUCUCCAACAGCACGGCCAGUACCAAGACCCAGACAGAGUGGUGUUACAGGAGUAGAAACAAGUUCUAGAGGGGGUCGUCCCCAGGAAAUGAAUGGAGCCCUUGUAGAUCCCAGUAGAGAUAUUCCUUUACCCCGUGAACGAUCCCUGUCUCCCCUCAGAAAUAAGAUAGGAAUUGAAGGUCAUUGCAAGGAUCCACCAUGGAUGGCCUUGGUUCAGUCAGAGAAGAAAAAGCCAGCUCCUCCGCCCCCUCCUCCUGCUGGAGGAAAAGCUGCAUGUCCACCUACUGGCCCUGCUUCUAAAGAAAAUGUGCAAGUCCCUGAAGUAUCUUCCCAUUCCCUAAACCCAUUUGAAGAUGAGGAAGCUGAUGAUGAUUCUGAAAAGGGUGGUGAGGAAGAUUUGGGCAAGGCUAAGCCAGUACCAGCUGGGGGAUCACUAAAACCAUCUCACCCAUGGUAUGGUAUUACUCCCACUAGUAGCCCAAAAAUAAAAAAGCGACUUGCACCACAGGUACCACCUACACCAUUCUCGGCUCAAUCCCAUUCAGAACCACCAUCAUCCACACCAUCUCCUGCUCGAAGUAUAGAAAAUGUUUCUUCUGAAAUGCUGGCAAAGUCUCCACUUGACGGUAGUGGUUCGCCUUCAGCACCUGAAUCUCCUGUCACAAAAAGUAUCUCUGAACCAACCAUUAGUGGGCCAGAUAUCCAGCAUUCAGCAAAAGUUAUUUCUGAAGCUGGUGCUCAUCAAGUAACCGGAAACAAAUCUCCUGCCCAAGCUAAUGUUACUGUUCCUUCAAUGAAUACCAGCUCAGCUCCAGCCACACCACAAGCUACUCGUAGCACAAGUAUGAGAGCAGCACGUCCACCUCCACCACGACCUCCCACAACACCUAGCCCAAUUUCAGUUUUGUUUCCAGUGGAUAAUACAGCAUCUUCAAAAUCAAGCACACUAUCAUCACAGGCACCCAAACUUGUGCAUCAGAAGAGCUCUUGUAAAGAAAACCCUUUUAACAGAAAAUCUUCUCCUGUGGUGUCUCCCCAACGCAACACUCCAAAAGGCCCAAAACCGGCCCGGCCACCUGCCCCAGGACAUGGAUUUCCUCUUAUCAAGAGAAAGGUGCAGUCUGACCAAUAUAUUCCUGUGGAAGAUAUUCAUUUCGAAAUGGAUCAAAUAGAGCAUCAGCUGGAUGAAUUAGAGCACAGAGGAGUUGAACUGGAGCAGAAACUGAGAUGCUGUGACAAUGAAGAGGAAGAAGAGAGUUUGCUAGUUGACUGGUUUAAACUUAUUCAUGAAAAGCACUUGCUGGUGAGAAGAGAAUCUGAGCUUGUUUACACAGCAAAACAACAGAACUUAGAGGAAAGGCAGGCAGAUGUAGAAUAUGAACUAAGAUGUCUCUUGAACAAACCAGAAAAAGACUGGACAGAUGAUGACAGAACAAGAGAACAGGAACUUAUGCAGGAGCUUGUAACUAUAAUUGAACAACGCAAUGCAAUUGUUAAUUGCCUUGAUGAAGAUAGGCAGAGGGAAGAAGAAGAGGACAAAAUGCUAGAAGACCUUAUUAAAAAGAAAGACUUCCACAAAGACUCUGACAGUGAUCCUAAAAAGAAAGGGAAAUUUAAACCCAUGAAAGUCUUAAAACUUCUGAGCAGUGGAAACAAGACAGAAAGCAAAAUGAAACCACAGAGAGAAAAAAGCAAAUCCAUGAAAAGCCUAUCCCCAGAAUGACUUAAGCAAUAGUUAAGAAAACAGGAAAUCACCAUGGCAAAGAUGUAUUGAGUUUGUGGUGCCUCAUGAAUUGAAGCUGUCCUUCCUUUUUUGAGUGUCGGAAGGUCACUCUUAUCUUACACACACAAAAAAAUCCUAUUAUACUGUAUACUAGAAAUAUGCAAUAGGUGUUACCUUUCAUUUGCUUGCUGCUGUUUAGAAAACAACACUGAAACAUACUGACCAUUAUUUAGUACUGUGCACAGCACCAUAUCAUUUUUUCAGUUGCUGGCCCUUCACAAGUUGUGAACUUCACGAUUUUCUUUGGAGGACUUUUGAAGAAAAGUUUCUAAUCAAAUAUGUGCCUACUCCCAUAAACAGUCAUCAGUGUAAUUGUUUUAUGUGUUAACUUGUUGUGAUCCAUUUUAGAAAUGCAGUUACACUUAUAAAGUGAUAGCCUUUCUAAGACAAUGCAUUUUUAAUUUAAACACAUUUCUGUUUGUCUUUUUCAUGUAGGUUUUAAUAUGAAGGCAAAUUGGUGUGCAACAUUAAAGUACUGGGAUAGUAUUUAAGCAAUAGUUUAAAGGAAUUUGUAACAGUGAGGUACGGAAGUUUAACACCAGUGGUGCUUGUUUUGUUUUACACACGGUUAACCCUUGGACAAAUAGUAAAGCAAUUUAAGGUUUUCUUUGACAACAAGAUAAUGAAUUUAAAAGAUAUCAAGCUGCGAAAUGAAGAUAUUGAUUCAAUGUUCUUAAAACUGCAAAGUUCAGAAAGCCAAGCCUUUUUUGUUUUUUGUUUAUAAAUCAUUUCUCAUUUUUAAUACCAAGAAGCUAAUUCUGUGUAAAGUAGACACAUUUGGCUUACAAACAGUUUAUAUAUUCUCAAAUGUAAAUAGCAAUACUUUAUAAAGAGAAAAGUGAGGAAAACAUAUUUAUAUGUUAUGUACAGAAAGUUUGAAUGUUGGCAUUAGUUCAUUUUUUGAACUGUUUGGGGAGAACAUGCACUUUGUACCUGCUUUAUAUGCAUUUUAAAUAAUUAAUAAUAAAUCCUAUACUGACCUUAAGUGGUCUUGCCUGGAAAUUAAAUCAAAAUGCUGUAACUGAGGUUUGGGUGAGCUUUUCAGUUUUAGAACCACAGAUAUCAAAGCAUACUGUUUGAUGCAUUUUUUUUUUUAAAUUGUGUCUUUAGUUUCCUUGUGCCAAACUAUCUCAUAUUACAGUUGUGUGGGUUGUAUUUAGCAGUUGUUACAAAUAGGUUUUCAAAUAGUGUUAUACUCGUAAUAGCAGUUGUAACUAUACACGUGUAGCACAAGCUAAAGUAAUUGUAUUCUUUGUAGAUUUCAAAUAAGCAUCUCAAACAGAUUCACGAGUCAUGAUAAAAUUUUAUUAAAAAUCUGAAUACAGCUUGUCCAAAUGAAAACUUGUAGUUACAUUUGUAAAUAUAUACUAUUAGAACAAGCUUUUUUUUUUUUUUAUACAAUUUAUAUUCUGCCCCAGUUUGGAUCAGCAUAGUUUUGUUACGAAGAAGAGCAUUACUGUACUUACACAUGUGAAUGUGAAUUCAUGUGGUAGUUUUUAUUUAUGUUACACGAGGCUGCUGAUCAUAGUUAUGGGGGCAGAAGUUAUUCCUUAAAUAUUCUGCCUCUUUUUCACUUAAUUAGGUAGUGUGUGCCUUCAUGGUUAUUGAAAUAUCUUUAGUGACAAAUCUGCAGUGUCAACUAAAAUCAUUUAAUGUUAAUGACUAAUGCCAGUUUGUGUUUCAGGUAAACACUUAAGCAUUUCAUAUUUCUUAACUAUCAAUCCUACUGUUUAGAUACUGAAAUAUUAGUUACACUGGGAUAUUUUUAUGAGGUCAUUGCUGCCCAAACAUCUGCAACAAUUAUAUAGAACAAGCCAUUCAGCCUUGUGUAAUUGAAGUAAGACUUUAAAAUCUCAAUUAGGACAAAAGAACAUUUUUUUUUGUUUGUUUGUUUUUUUGUUUUUUUUUUAAUAAAUAAGGCAGCAUAUUGUCUUUGUCAUUUGUUUAGAAAGUAGUCCUGACAACAUGAAAUUAAAAAAAUGGAAUCUCUAUCUCUGCUAGAGCAUUUUCUUUUUAUGUGCAAUGUAAAGUCUGUAUAUUUUAAAAUGAUUUCAGGAAAAGGCAUGAAUCUCCAUCUGUCUGAUCUAUAAUAACUAAACAGAAAUAUCAAGGAACAACUGACAUUGCAGGUUUAAAGAUGAGAUGGAAAUACUAAAAAAGGCAGGGAUACUUAUUUAUUUCCUCUGUGAUGGAAUUACUCUGUGGGGUUAUAAGAAAAGCAACAAAGCCACACAUGGUGGAAUCCUAUAAGACUGAAUAGUUAUUUUAAAUGAAUUAAAUGGUGUUUCUUUUUUGACCUUUACUCUUUUUGUUUAUAAUAACAAACAUUGCCUUAAAAUAUUUCUGUUACUGUAUUACUUUAAAGAACUGUUAAAUAUGUUUUUUUUUUUAAUCAUUGACCCAAUAUUUAUUUAUGUCUCCAGUGAAUGCUAAAACAGUAGAUGAUGUAACAGUUCUCUAAAUGCUUUUUCCUCUCCUGCUGCCUUUUAAAUACACAUGGGCUUUCUAAGGAUGUGUUGAUAAUAUAACAAAUGUAAAGUUUUUAUAGAGAGAAAGUAAAAUAAAUGAAUAAAACAAAAAUG